CCGCGUCUGAGGAAGGGCGAGAGGGGGGGAAGCGGCGCGGGGCGAUCGCGGCCGGGCGCCGGCCGGGACUGCCGCAGGGAUGGCGGCGGCCGCGGUGGUGGCGGCCCCGGCCGUGACGGCGUUAAGGCCAUCGGGGAGGGCCGCUGGCCCCUCCGUAACCCUCUGAGCGCCUUUCCGCGCUGCGCGCAGCCGUUAUCCCUCCCCGCGGGCGGGCCGGCGCCGUCCCGGCACUGCAGUCGCCAUAGAGACCGCACCGCACGCCAUGGGGCGGAGGCUGGGCCGGAGGCUGGGCCGGGGGGAGCCGCUCUAGCCGACCCCCGCCAGGCGCCGCGCAGGCCAUCCCCCGCGGCGGCCGGGGGCGCCGGGCUCCGCAGGGACUCGCCGCCGCCGCCUCGGCCCCGUUCCAGUCACUGGUUAAAUGGAAGCCACUCCUGGGAUCUGGAUGGUUUCUGCUGACAUAGACUUUGCAUAGCAGCUCCAUAACGUCAGGAGGUUGCAAUGAGUGGAGGAGGGGAGCAGCCUGACAUCCUCAGUGUGGGAAUCUUGGUCAAAGAAAGAUGGAAGGUGUUGAGGAAAAUUGGUGGUGGAGGAUUUGGAGAAAUUUACGAUGCACUGGACUUGCUUACUCGGGAAAAUGUUGCACUGAAGGUCGAAUCAGCUCAGCAACCAAAGCAAGUGCUGAAAAUGGAAGUAGCUGUGUUGAAGAAAUUGCAAGGAAAAGAUCAUGUCUGUAGAUUCAUUGGAUGUGGAAGGAAUGACAGAUUUAACUAUGUGGUCAUGCAGUUGCAGGGUCGGAACUUGGCAGACCUGCGUCGGAGCCAGUCUCGAGGAACAUUCACCAUUAGUACCACUUUGCGGCUUGGGAAGCAGAUUUUGGAAUCUAUUGAAAGUAUUCAUUCUGUGGGAUUCCUGCACAGGGACAUAAAACCAUCUAACUUCGCAAUGGGACGUUUUCCUAGCACCUGUAGAAAGUGUUAUAUGCUGGAUUUUGGCUUGGCACGGCAAUUUACCAACUCAUGUGGGGAUGUCAGACCAAUUUCUUCAGCAGAUACUGCAAAUAACCUGGAACAAUGUAAAAGCAUGUUCUCCAAAAAACAUAGUACUCUAUUGCCACGAGCUGUCGCUGGUUUUCGAGGAACAGUACGAUACGCAUCAAUCAAUGCUCAUAGAAACAGAGAAAUGGGUCGGCAUGAUGACCUCUGGUCCCUGUUCUACAUGUUGGUGGAAUUUGUGGUUGGGCAACUGCCUUGGAGAAAAAUAAAAGAUAAGGAGCAAGUGGGCUCCAUUAAAGAAAGGUAUGAGCACAGGCUUAUGUUGAAACAUCUUCCUCAAGAAUUCAACAUCUUUCUGGAUCACAUUUCUAAUUUAGAUUACUUUACAAAGCCUGAUUACCAGCUUCUCAUGUCUGUGUUUGACAACAGCAUGAAAACAUUUGGGGUUAUUGAAAGUGACCCUUUUGACUGGGAGAAGAGUGGAACCGACGGUUCUCUGACAACAACAACAACUUCAACCACACCUCAGUUACACACUCGUCUUACUCCGGCUGCAAUUGGAAUUGCCAAUGCCACUCCUAUCCCAGGAGAUUUGCUGCGAGAAAACACAGAUGAAGUGUUUCCUGAUGAACAGCUCAGUGAUGGAGAGAAUGGUAUUCCAGUUGGUGUCUCACCAGAGAAACUACCUGGAUCCCCUGGGCAUCAGCGUCCUCAGGAAAAAGAUGUUUGGGAAGAAAUGGAUGCAAACAGAAACAAAAUAAAACUAGGGAUCUGUAAGGCUGCCACAGAGGAAGAAAACAGCCAUGGGCCAGUGAAUGGAAUGCUUAAUGCACCAAGUCUGGGUUCUCCAAUUCGUGUUCGCUCAGAGACCACACAGCUAGACAGAGAUGUCCCACUGGUGCGAAAGUUACGUUCGAUUCACAGCUUUGAACUGGAGAAGCGUCUGACAUUGGAGUCAAAGCCAGACACUGAUAAAUUUCUUGAGACCUGUUUGGAGAAGAUGCAGAAAGACUUGAAUGCUGCGGCAGAGACACCUGUUGCUGCUAUUCCUCCUCUUUCUCAGAAAACACCCAUUCCUGCUCCUGUGACUGCUCGCACGGACCAUGUUUGGCACUAUGAUGAAGAAUAUCUUCCGGACGCUUCAAAGCCUGUGUCAGCUAGUUCUCCAGAACACGUUGAUGGUGUUAUUAGCAAUGGAUUUGUAGCUGUCAACUUAAGCUCCUGCAGGCAGGAGGCUGAUUCCAAGGAAUGGGUGAUAAUAGAUAAAGAACGGGACUUGCAGGACUUCAGGACAAAUGAGGCUUUAGGGCACAAAACGACUGGAAGUCCCUCAGAUGAAGAGCCAGAGGUACUACAAGUUCUAGAGGAGUCCCCUCCAGAAGAGCAGCCCAGACAAGGUGGUUGGGCAGGAAACAGUGUCCAUGCCAAGAACCAAACCUCAGGGGUGGAGUUUGUUCUAGCCAUGGAGUGUCAUCCUGCUGCUUCCGAACAGCUUACAGAUAAAUUGGAACUUCUGUCUGGAGCUGCUGGACAGCUUCUUGCAGCCACCCCUACAAGUCCUAUGGAAGCUCAAGCAGAAGGAGCACUCACUCCGCUCAACUCAUCUCAUAUGCUGCAUUUCUCCACUCCAAGAAUUUCAAGUCCCAUCCUCCGCACCAUGAGCCCUAUAGCCUAUCUAUCCAUCCACUCGGACCCCCUGAAAGAGGCUGGUUUACCAAGGAGUCAAUCAGCUGAGAGCCACUCCUCUUCCUCCCGCUCAACUGGUCGUAGGCAGCUUCCUGUCAUUCCCUGUGGCAACAGGUUCCCCCCUGUCAUUCGCAUCUCAAAAGCACAACUUCAGCAGAUAACAAUACCCAGACCUUCAGUGGCAUCCACGCAGUCUGUUUCGGAGAGCUUUCAUUAUGGCCCCCAGCUAGAGAAAAGAGAGCAAGAUGCUCAGUCUAUGGAACACACCGUGGAACUUUCCUCUCCAAAGGAAAGUUUGCCAGGUUUGGUUGGGACAGAAGAUGCACUUCCGGAUAGUGCCAGCAGACCAGACUUGGUACUAAAUAUCAGCCAAGAGGUGCUUGACAGGGAAGGACUUGUCAAAGAGUGUGUCAGCAUCCCGGACUGUGGCCAAAAGGACCUACCUGAACAAAAUAGUGGGAUACAGGAAGAGAAAGAACUUGAAAAUAUUCCUGUAGAGGAUGCUGAAGAAGAAAGGCUUCCAGUGGUUUCUGAGGACGCCAUUGAUGUGCUAAGCAAAGAACAGAAUAAUUCUUUGCCAGGAAACUCAAAAUCUGCAGAGGAAGAACCUCUAACAAAUACCGAAGCUGCUGAAGAAUCAAAGCCAAGGCCCAUCUGUUUGGUGCCAAAUCAAGAUGAGAUUCUGAAGUCGAUAGCACCUAAAACAUCAGAAGUUUCUCCGUCAAGACUUACCAAACCACAUGUUAAUAGACAGGGAAGCAAAAUAGCACCAGUUCAGGAAAAUGGUUUUCAUUCUAAUAAGGAAGAAGUCCAUAUCCAAGACUUGAAAUGCCACCAAGUGGCCCUUACUACUUUUUUGCACCAGGAGGACAAAAAAGAGAAAAAUGCUCCCAGAAAUGGAGAGUUAUUCCACUGCAUUUCUGAAAAUGGGAAUUCUCAUCGAUCUAAGAAGGACUUAGUUAAAUCUCCUUUUGUAUUCAGGCAGAGCCGAAUUCCAGUUUUAGCACAAGAGAUAGACUCAACCUCAGAGUCCUCUUCUCCUGUUUCAGCAAAGGAAAAGCUUCUUCUAAAAAAGGCCCAUCAGACAGACUUGGUCAGACUACUUAUGGAAAAGAGACAGCUCAAAUCUUUCCUUGGUGACCUCUCAAGUGCCUCUGAUAAGUCACUGGAGGAAAAAAUGGCUGCUGCUCCAGUACAGUUUUCUGAGGAUGAUGUCUUAUCCUCAUUUUCUAGAUUGACACUGGACUCUCAUCUCAGCAAGCAGACGGAAGAUAGCUCUUUAUCUCCAAGCAGCCCUCAGUCCAGAAAAAGCAAGAUUCCAAGGCCAGUGUCCUGGGCAACCGCUGAUCAAGUCACCAGUUCAAGUUCAGCUCAGUUCUUUCCUCGGCCACCACCAGGAAAACCACCUACUAGACCUGGGGUAGAAGCUAGGUUACGCAGAUACAGAGUCCUAGGGAGUAGCAGCUCGGACUCAGAUCUUAUCUCUCGUCUGGCUCAAAUCCUGCAGAAUGGAUCUCAAAGACCAAGGAGUUCUACCCAGUGUAAGAGUCCAGGAUCUCCACAUAGUCCAAAAACACCACCCAAAAGCCCUGUCAUUCCCCGACGCAGUCCCAGUGCCUCCCCUAGGAGCUCUUCUUUACCCCGUACUGCCAGUUCUUCUCCGUCCCGGGCUGGGAGACCCCAUCAUGAUCAGAGGAGUUCAUCCCCACAUCUUGGGAGGAGUAAAUCACCUCCUAGUCAUUCAGGCUCCUCAUCUUCUAGGAGAUCCUGCCAACAAGAGCACUGCUGCAACAAACCAAGCAAGAAUGGUCUGAAGGGAUCUGGCAGUUCCUUCCACCAUUCCCCAAACACUAAGACUCCCACAGGAAAGAGCAAAUCAACCACUAAGCUUAGCAGAUAGGAACUGGGCCUUGACAGGUAUAAAGCCGCCUCCUAAAUCUGAUGCAUGUUGUGUCUGUGUACUGUGUAUUUAAAAAAAUAAUCUAAAAAAGUAUAUUAAAAAAAAGGUGUUGAAUCUGCGCUUUUUAAAGAAAGUAAGCGUCAUAAACUAUUCAUGAGAAAGCAUACUGUGUAAAUAAGUGGCAUUGCCUAAGAGCAGGCAGCAAGCAGAUCCGUGAGAGGGAAAGCAGAGGCCAGGAUAAGAAUGACUAGGUAGUCAAAGAGGUGCAAUGUAUUUAGAAUAAAAAAAAAAAAUCUCUUAAGGUGAGUGUUUUAAAAGGGUAUUUAUUUCUAUGUUUUUAGUUUACCUAGCUAGAAGAUUUGGCCUAAUUAUUUAAGGCUUUACAUACUCUUUGAGUAUGUAAGAAAGCCUGAAACGGUUAUUCCCAAAAUGACAUCACCAUUUGGGAGACAAGUACUGCUGAAGCAUGUCUUCGCAGUGUUAAAAAAAGCACACAGUUUAGAAGACGAUGAAGACCUUAUAAGUCUCUUCCAUUUUGAGCUGCACACAUCUCUUGAGUCAUUCAGUGCUCAUCCUGUCCCCUAUCUACCAUGGCACAGAUUUUUUUACCUAGGGAAGUAUCAUAUACCUUGCCCCUUGUUGACGCUGAUGAUAUUUAAAAAAUUAAUAUUAAAAUUUGCCAAGAUGUUUUUAUAGCUAUAUUCUUUAUAAAUUUGUUUACUGCUAAUUGGGAUCCAAGAAGCUAGUUCUCAGUUCUAGAUCAUAAACUUCUUUGGGAGUCAUAGUGGGGGUCUUCAAAAUGUGUUUGGUAGAAUUUGGAAAAGCAUUCCUGUCUAGGAAAUGAGAGAAAGGAGGAGAUGUCUGCAUUUCACUGAAUGUUGCAGAUUGACAACAAAUUGCAAUGUGAGUUAGGAAAUGUUAGAAAACAGAAUUACCUUUUUUCCCUUAACUCAACUGAAAAAAGAACCCUUGUUACUGCUGGCUUUUGUUAUUCCAUUAGUUACAGAUCACUUAAACCACUGAUCUUACUGUGCAGAGAUGAUUACCAGCCAAGAUCUGCUGUUUUAGUCAUUUGUUUUAUAAAAAUAUGAAAGGUGAAACACAGAUGAGGAGACUGUCUACUUCAUGAACUUGGCAGGUUAUAGGUGACAGAAAUACACUUAAUACUCUUAGGAAAACUGGGUAAGAAUAUUAGUCAUCAAAGCAAAAUAUACAGAAAGCAAUCUGAGGUAUUUUUUAUGUUGGAUUCUUGUCAUUCUUUUGCCCAAAUGUUUUUUUGGUAGCCAAACUUCAUUGUCUGGCAGUAAAGUCCAUGGUGUCUAAUUCUUCCGACUUUGUUUGGUAGUUACUUGAUAAUUUCUUGUGCUCUACAGGACCUCUGUAGGGAACGUAAUGGUAUAGCACCUUUUACUAUUUUCAGAAGAGAAUAGUGGGUCAGAAUAGUAACACACAGGAACACAAGCCUGAGAAAAAGGUGCAGCCAGCUCUCCCUAAUGAUUCCUGUUGUGGGGACACUGGAUGCAUAGGAGACUUGUUAGUUACUGAUCUGCUUGCUGUAGCCAUAUGCCUCUCCAGCCAGCAUCUGUGCUUUUUUAUUUAACCUCUGCCAAAUGAAUACCUUUGGAUUAAAAAGGGAAUAUUUUGUCUCUGAGCUAACACAUUCUAAUGCUGCAUUAAAGCUGCCCUGGAGCUGCACUGAAUUUCACUUGCUUUGUCAGACUAUGUUGAUUUCUUUCUUUUUUUUCUUACAAUGAUUAUGUAUAUUGUUUCCUGUACGUAAUGUAGCACAGUGUGGAACCUUAAUUUCAUUCAGGUUUCAAGCACUACAGAUGAAUGCAAUAGGUAGGGUAUACCUGCUUUUUCUGAAGAAAUUGUACCAUUGGAAAGUCCUAUUCCUUUGUAUUAUAUUGUAUAAUAGGUGCUAUACCAAUAAUUGCAUGUCCUCAUGGUAAAUUAUAUAAUAUAAAUAUUUAUAUAUAUACAUAUAUGUAUAUGCUUAUAUAAACUCAUUCUUUCUCAAUUUUCAUUUGUAAUUUAUGGGCCACAAAUAAUACAGUUCCCUUUCUGUUAGUUCCUGAAUACUUUUGGCAUUACAUCUACUGUUUUCCCCCCCAAAAUUUCUGGAAUGCACAAAUUCUAAUAGCCUUUAUACCUUGGUACAAGAUUGGAGGACUGAUGAUUUCUCAACCAGCCAAUGUUUCAUCUUGCAGCUUGCUUUUUUUCUUUAUAAUUUCGCGUGUGCAUUUGCAUAUGGAACAAGAACGGAGACUCAAGGUAUUUUUAUUUUUUAUUACAGAUAGGGCUUGUGGUUACUCAUUUUUAUUUCAAAAUGUGGGUUCUUAAUUGUUAUGAAUGCUAGUCAUAUAGGAACAGUGACAGUCAAUGAGUACCUAAGAGAUGAAUGUGACAAUAACAAAUACCAUCUUUUCCUUCCUCUUUUCCUCAUGUUUCCUUAUGGCAUAGCAUAAAGAGAAUUUGCUCCCAUUGUGAUAUUUUUGCCCUGGGCACUGCUGGAAUUAUUUGUUAAGGUGGUGUGGCAACCUAUGAUUAUUUUUGGUCUCCUUUCCCUUAUUUCCAAAAAGCAUUUAUUAUGGUCUCGUAAGCUUAUUCCUACACUUACAUGGUCACUUUUAAGAGGUACCAACCUCACGCAUCCUUGCCUGAAAUGCUGAAGUUGGGGUGUUUAUAUUUUCUCUCCAGUGUAGCAGGAUCCAGAAACAGGUAAUUGCUUUAAAGACGAGAAAAUAUAACACCUAAAGAUUUUUUUUUUUAUGCUGUCUUCAAAGUACAAACUUGUCCAUUGUUACACAUUACUAUGUAAAAUAAAUCAAUGCUGUAGAAAUUCACUUGUACUUGAACGACUUGCCAAUGUAAAAAUAGUAAUCUAUGCCAAAACGGAGAAAGAGGUAUCAAUAGUGAUUGAUGACCCAGGCUGCUUUUACUGCAGAAAAAGGUGAAAGGACUGUUUAUCCCCAGUUGCUUUUUGCUGUGGAUUCAACAGGAUCUAGUGAGAAAAUAAUGAAGAUAUGAAUGGAGGGAUGAUUAUGAAUAACUUAUCUUGAACUAUGCGCUCUUCUGGAGUUUUUUAUUGCUUGAUACCCUCCCCCCAGAAGUUUACAGAAUUGCUUACUGUAGUCUAAUGUAGCAAUCAGUUCAUGUAGUUAGGUAACGGUCAGCUGAUCAACUCACACAUAAAUAUUAGCUUAGUAUUUCUGGAAGGCCUGUAUAAUCAUCAAGAACUAUGUAAGCUUAAAUAUUUGAAUAUGCAACUGACUCUGCAUAAAACCACCAAUGUACACGCGCGUGGCCCUUGUGCAGAGUAUGAAUGAAUGGUUUACGGAGGGUUAUCUGCAAGAAAUUUUCAGGGACGGGGAAAAUCUUUCUCCAUUGUACAAAAUGGUUACAGUUAUUCUGCAUAGCACGCACACAACCUCUGACAUGGGGGUUUUAUCUGGGAAACAAUAUCACUGAAGGAGCUGUUGCUUUGUCCUCUUCAAGCCUCCAUUUCUUUGGGGGGCGGUACAAUGGCGCCGUGACAUGGAGCAGAUGCAGAUGCUGUGCACGCCUUUCCUCUUUAUAGUGUUUCCUGUGUCGUGGCCAGCACUUUGGAGCAUUUUUUAGAGAAAAUGAGGCAUGAUGCCUUUUAACGAAAAUAGAACUUGAAAAGACUGAACAUUUCGUGCAGACUUUUGUGCUGCAAUAUUGCAUGGUAUAAUGAAUCUAAGUUGCAACCUCAAAAAUCUAUAGUAAUAUUAAUAAGCCUCAUUAUUAAUUACAAAUGCCAAUUAUUACUUCGGUAAUACUCUGUUAAAAGUAAUAGAAGGUGUGAUACAGUAGAGCAACACUGGCAAGUUGUAUGAUGCUAGGCACCUUUCCACUGCUGAAGCAGGAUGGGUAAGCAUAGAAAAUUUCGCUGCUCAAAGGCAGGAGCAAUACGAGGUCUUAACUGCUAGUUACGUACAAAUAUUCAGGAGGCAAACCCCUGGGGGGUGACGCGGGGCUUUCAUUAUAGCCACCCGCCACAUCCUGUCUUGGGAAAUCUGGACGCGUUCAUGCCUUGAAGUCUGCAUGUAUGAGAUCAAGCUUUCUUGCAUACCUCACUAAGCAGUCUUGAUGUAAAGGGAAGGAUCCGGUCCAUUAUAUUUAAAAAUAGCUUGAAAGAUUUUUCAUCUGAAAAAGACUUGCAAGAGCUCUAUCAUUUACAAUUUGUAGGAUUAUGGUAUUAACUAUAGCUGGGAAAACACACAAUUUUUAUUUUAUAUCUAUAAAUAUGCAUUUGUACAUAAGUGUAUCUAUAUAUACACUUAUAUAGAUACUGUAUAUUAUAUAGAAACAAAUAUACAUACAUACAUAUGUGUGUAUAUACAUAUAGAUAGGAACAGUCUCAGCUAUUGCAUCCUAUUUACUGGAAUUCAUUUGCCAGAGUGAGCCGAGGCCUGUUUUGCUUUGAUUUGCUCGGAUCUCCUCUGUGCCCUAAUUCUGAUUCUGUCCCUCUUCCAUAUUAGAAGGCCUGAUCCUGUAGUCCUCCUUGGGCAAAAUUCCCAUCAGUCCUUCUUAUUGCAGCAUCAUUUAUGCAAUGGUUGACUGUAAUGUUUCUAAAAAAUAUUUUCUUUUUAAUGAGAAUGUAGACAAAGCCAGACUUAAAAGUACAGACUCUUUCUUGUAAACGGAAUUUUUCCAUCAUGAAUUGGACGUUUUUGUAGAACACUAAGAGGCAUAAAUUCUGGUAAGAAGAAAUCGAUUAUUCCAAUUUCUUAAAAGGUUCUAAUGGCAAACUAGAGAUACGUGCCUCCAAUUUUUAUAUAUAUGUAAAAUGAAAAAGGAAUCUUCUGAAAAGGAAUAGGAGAAUGAAAGAGAGCUCAAAGUCACGUUGGUUUCUCAUUAUAGGUGCAUAAUACAUUAUUUUUUUCAAGCAGGACUGAUCCUAUGAGGCAACGAGAGCCAUGCCCUUUUUGGCGAUUCCAGUGAGCAAUGGGCUGCGUAGGUGUCUUAGGUUAACACCGUGAUUCCCCAUGGUGCAUUCUCUGUAGGCUUUUCCGCUGUAAGGACUGGUAAGAGAACUGUCAGCUAUAUAAGUAAAAGCCUUGACGAUUAUCCAUGACUCCUUUCUUCAACUGGUAAAAGCUUUGGAUGCUCAUUCCUAUUUCUGAAACUUGUGGAACAGUGUUUUUAUUCUUCUACUUGUACCUAAUCAAGUAGGCAGUGAACUGAAGGGUUUUGUUUGCUGUUUUGCUUUUGGCCCGCAUGUCGUUGGUUGCAAUUUCUGCAAUUUUCAGUAACCAGUAACGCUGGUAAAAGGAAGGGAGGUUCAGCAUUUAGACGACACGCAGUAUGUAGGCAUAGGUCAUACAGUUCUUAGCUAAUACGUGCAAAUUGCAUAAACAUGCACCUCACGCGAGAAUACCUCAGCUGUCCGCUUGAAGCCAGUCUUCCUUUUCCCUACAUAUAACAUUUGUAAAAGAGAAAUGCUAUAGAAGUCAACCUGAAUUGUGUAAUAACUGUCUGGAGUUAUUUUAAGAUACUGUCAAAUGCCAAAAAGUUUAUUGAAUCACUCAUUUUCCUGUGGUUGAAAUAAUCAGGCUUUUUAAUGUUAACCUCUGAGGGCUUUUCAAAGGCAGAAAUGCCUAGGAGUGUAUUGUUUUAAAGUCUAAUGUAUUAACUUGGCAAUUGCUCUAGCCAUGCAGGUUUGAACGUGCAGGCUGAUUUUACUCUCCAUUGUUGGUAACACAUUCUCUCCUAAGAGUAACAGCGACAGACCAAAAUGUUAGCAUAUGUCAUUUAUGUAUUUGGCUUUUGUCUCUCCUCUACAUGAAGAGCUCGGAUCCUUGGGAAUUCUUGCUGUUCUUGUGCAGGUGAAACUUGCAUUAAAAACACCACAGGGUCUUGUUUUCUUCAGUUUUGUCCCUGUUUAGGGAGUAAAGGAAUAAACUCACUCUAUAAAUAUUAUAUUUGCAGUUGCUGUAUUUUAAAUUGGAAAACACUUAUUUUUUUAUUCCUAUUAUGACAUGACCUGCCUUUUGAUCUCUCCUUUUCUGUAAGAAUUACUGGUGAGAGCCAGCUUUGGCCAAGAGCACAAAGUGGUUUCUUCUAAAACAGUAACACCGGUGGGCCACUCAUACGAAUUCCUGAUCAUCCACAACUCUCUGUGGGAAUUCAGCUGGAAUUAAUUGGAAUUACAGGUGUUUGUUUCCUUUUGAGAUCACUUGAUCUUUGACCUAACUUUUAUAUAAAGGAUUUAUAAUAACAUUAGACCAGCUUGCUCCAAAAGAUACAGUAUAAUUAGUUUGGUCUGCCUGGCUUCAAAUCCUUUUAAACCCAUAUCUGCUGCGUGGCAGGCAAGGUCAUAGAAGUUUCACACAAGGUGAGACGGGAUUUUUUUUUUUUGGCUAUUUCACAUCUUUUCCCUCUGACUGGAGAUCUGGAUUGGUUGCCCAGCAGCCCUCUCUGCACCCUCUGUACUUUUCUUGGCUAGAAAGCAAGAUUUGAAAUUCUUCCCCAACUUCUAACUUACUUUCUAUAGAGUCAGCCCACAGACGAGUUGCAGUGCUUGGGCUAAAUGAUGUCGAUUUUCAAAUGCUUUCCUAUGAAUAUCCAAACUAGUAAAUUAAGGAAAUCACCAGCAAUGCCUUCAGACAAGUACUGACUUUCUGAAGCUGCCAACCACUGGCUGCUAAUCUAAAAUCUCUGGGCAACACCACAAAGAAUUAAAUCUGUGUAUUAAUUAAAAAUACAAUGUUAUCACCCCAUAAGAAAUUAAGUACUCAAUAGUAAAAUCUGCAGCACGAUUAAGUGGAAAGUAGUUCCAAGAUUGUUUGUUACCAUUGAGGAAGACAAAUGUUGAGUCCUUCAAAUUCUCUUGCUCAGUAAUUGCAGUUCCCUUCCCCUUCUUGGAAAUCUUCUAAGCCAUUCUUUUCCUUUUUAAGUUUGCUCAGGCACCCAAGAACAUAAAGAGUUAAUGCCCUUGUAAUGGUCAUUUGUACAUAAAGUUGUAAUUAUUUAUUUUCUCAUUUGUACCAUAUCAAGGCUUUGUACAAUGUCUUAAGUUUUGUUUUCAAAUUAUUUUGUAUUUUAUUUUUAUAAACUGGUUCUAAAUAAAAUAUUCAUUCAGCAUGCAAAACUUCAA